AUCACCGACAACCUUCCGAUUAACUGCGAGUUCGUCCGAGCUUUGUCAAAUCCGUGACGUCACAAACACCACAUUAGAAUCACAGAAUACACUUGCGCCACUUGGAACUGGAAGCCUUUUCUGACUUUGGUUGGAUCGACUUGAUUUUGCGAAAGAGGAUCGAUCGAUACGUUGAAAAUGGAUUCAGACUCCGAUACAGAAUUCAGUUAUCCUGAUUUACAACAACAGGCAACGAUUCGCCCUUAUAUGUUUGAGCCCCUACCGCGGUCACAAAGAGAUGCAGCUUGUGGGCCUAGUCAAAGUGACAACACCGAGGAUAUGGAGGAUGAGGAUGAUGUAAAUACCGAUAGGAUAGGACACACAGAAUGGUGUCAGUGUGGCAAAUGUUUGCCAAUGCGAAAAGGAAGGGAGAGUGUCUGCUGCUUGGAGAUAGACGAAGUAAAAAAACGAACCGGAAGACUUACAUGCAUAACAGACCACGAUGGCUUCAAGUCACUAUGCCUUGAUCAUCAUGUCGUAGAGGAUGCGAUUUAUCAGUAUGUGGGUGAGGUGGGAGGCUAUGUCGACGAUACUCCCGCUUUUGAACUUUUUAGGCAUGUAGCUUAUCGCCAGUUUGUCAGGUGGAUUUGGCGGCGGCUAGGAAAGCAUGUAAGGAAAGUCAUUCCUUCUUGUUCGGUGGCAAAGAUUAGAGCCAAGUUUCCAUCUGAAACAUAUACAGGGUUCAAGUUAUUUGGAAUUGAUCACUGA